UUGAUUGUUGGAGACAAUCUGUUCACUCAUACCUGGUCAUUAGCAGUCGAGAUCCAGUUUUACCUAAUUGUUCCUUUCAUCUAUUUAUCCGAACGAAUUCUCGGAACUCCAAAAUCAGCUAUUCUUAUUCCUGGCAUUAGUGCUUGCUCUCUUGCUUUUUACCUUUGGGCUCACCAAGACAUAUCAUUCAACUUCGUCGUUGCUCGCCUCUGGCAGUUCCUUUCGGGUUACUUAGCUUAUCUCAAAACAUACGCAGAAAAUGAGACUGUUCCGGUUGUGAAAGUUGUUCCAACAGAUAUAGCUAUGGAGAAUAUCUCAGAGAAAGUAGAAGCUACGGCAGAAGUUGAAGACCAGAAGAGCAAAUCUAAUCAGUUGAAAGUUAAUAUCUUUGUUGCAACGCUUUUUGUUCUAAUUGCUCUCCUCGGAUUCGUUCCUUUACAAACACUCCACAAAGAUGUUCUGAGGUUGGUGAUGACCAUCUUGGCAUCGCUGUUUGUCUACAUAGGAUUGAAAUCAACUCUCAACUUCGGCUUACUUGCUCCAUUUUGGUAUUUAGGAGAUGUUUCCUACAUAUUAUACUUAGUUCAUUAUCCCGUCUACGUUUACCUGAAUCUUAAUUUCAAAUUGGAGCUUUACUGGAGAGCCGCAGGAAUAAUUGCUUCUUUCGUCAUGGCGGUCAUUAUACAUGAAUCCUAUGAAAAAACUUAUCUGAGAUUGAAAAAGAAGUUCAUCUUCGCACUUAUCACACUUUUAUAUAUUGGCUGCAUUUCCAUUCGUAUCUUCAAUCCGCAAAUCCAAGCAUUCUUGUAUGGGAAGGAAAUAAACUACAAAGAUGUUAUAGCUCAUCCCACGGAGUAUUCCAUAACUGAAAUUACAAAUGUUAACAUUCAAUUUAAUGGAGCAGAUAGUCCCAAUAUGAUGUUCUCUGAAUGCGAUUACGAAGAUGGAGAAGGGCCUUUUGGUUACUGUCACAUGAAGGGAAAUCCGAAAAGCAAUCGUACAGCAAUGAUCAUUGGAAACAGUUAUGCCCCUAAUCUUGUCAAAAACUUCUAUGCAGGAUGCCAUAACAAGUUCAAAAACAUAACGAUGCUCACUACCUCAGGAUGUGAGUCGCUGUGGGACACUGAUGCUGAUUUCUGUGUAGGCGAUCUACAAGAUCGUCUGGACGCAGUGAAACAAUAUUCACCUGAUUAUCUCUUCAUUCUCGAAAGGAAUAUGCAUGCGAUGCCUGUUGGACCAAGAAAUUUAACCGAUGAAAAUCGAAGAGUUAAGAUUAUUAAAAGCUACAUCGAUCAUUAUCAGAAAUAUGUGAAAACAAAAAUAUUCAUUUUGGAUGCUUUUCCUCGUCCUCCAAAAAGCAUAGCCAAAAGAGUUAAUGCUGCAUUGCAACAACAGCAAAGGACAAAUAACUUGUUUAAGAGACAACUAACCGAUGGAGAUCAUCCUAACUGGAGAUCAAUGAGAAAAAUCUUCCGAAAAAUCCUAAGACAUUGUCCAAAAUGUCAUCUGAUGGAUAUAAUGCCUUACUUGAGAACAAAGGAGAAUGUGUUUAAUUUUUAUGAUCCCCAAAGUGGCCUAAUAUAUUUCUCAAAUGCACUCCAUCUAACAGCUUACGGCAACGACAAGGUGUCACCCCUUUUCCCAAAAACUUGUGACACUUCGUUAUAA